AUGGCUUCAGCAAUCAACCAAAUGUUUCCCCCUUCUCCAACUUUCACAGAUAAGAACUUGCCCAGUCAAAAUGGAAAGGUUUUCAUCAUUACUGGUGGAAGUUCUGGUGUUGGUCGCGAGCUCGCCGAGAUUCUUUUCCGUGCAGGCGGCAAAGUUUACAUAGCUGCACGGUCGGAAGUCAACGCCAAAAAGGCAAUCGAUGAUAUCAAAUCAUCAUCUUCCUCAUCAAACGUGGGCGAGCUUGCAUUUCUACACCUCGAACUCGACGAUUUGAGUAUAAUCAAAACAUCAGCCGAGACUUUCAUGAAGAAGGAGUCUAAGCUCGAUGUUCUGUGGAAUAAUGCUGGAGUAUCACUGCCUCCACUUGGUAGUGUUUCAAGGCAGGGCUAUGAACUAAUGAUGGCUACCAACUGUCUGGGUCCGUUGCUCUUCACGCAGCUUCUUCUUCCAUGCUUGAAGAACGCUGCAGAAGCUUCUAGUCCAGGAAGUGUUCGUGUUGUUUGGACUAGCUCCCAAUAUGUGGAUCUAAAAUCUCCUGAGGGCGGACUCAUCAUGUCGGAGGUGGAAACCGCAACAAAAGACAAGGCGAAAAACUAUGGUACAUCAAAGAUAGGCAAUUGGCUUUUGGGCAGUGAAAUGGCACGACAGGUUGGUCAGCAUGGCAUUAUCAGCAUAACGCAAAACCCAGGAAACCUUAAGACAAACUUAAUGAGACAUGCAAAGUGGAUGUAUUAUGCUGCUUAUCCAUUGUUGCAUAAGGCAAAGAUGGGUGCAUUCACAGAGCUCUUUGCUGGAUUGUCACCUGAGAUUACGAUGGAACAGAAUGGAGGGUAUGUGAUUCCUUGGGGAAGGGUUCAUGAUGCUCCUCGCAAGGAUUUACUCGUAUCUUUGAAAAGCGUCGAAGAAGGUGGUAAUGGGAGGGCUGAAGAAUUUUGGAAUUGGUGCGAAGAACAAAUUGCAAAAUACAAGUGA